CCCAUAAUAAUUGUUAUUUGGCACGAAUGAUCAUCGGGACGAUUUAAAGACUGAUGAGAGACGAAUAAAUGUUAAAAUAUAUUAUUGUCGGCCAACGUAAUAUUCGAUUGUACCGUUGACACAAUAUUUUAUUAAAUUAUAUUUAUGGAUUGUGCUAAGAUAUCUCAGUCCGUGCAUUGUACAUUGUAAUCACGAUGUAGAGAGUAUCCUCUCUACAUCGUGAUAGCGAUAUUAUUAUCUACGUUCGGUGAUAAUAGCGUGUCUAUAGUAUUUGAUUUUUUUGGCGUCUGCGUGUACGUCCGUUCACCAAUAUCUACUUUGCGAGUUCACGAUUCUGGCGUUCACGAGCGCUCGGCGUUCGUCCGCUCCGUGACGAUGUGCUGCGCGGGGGGGACUAGCGGGCAGGCGUCAAACACGGCGAUUGCGCGUACUCGCGCCACUUUGCUUGUGUUUUUCACAGUGUACUUGUCUGUGCCGUAGCCCGCAGUUGUUCCAUACUGCACACUGUUGACAGUUACUGUCCGCGCCAACGGUUUUCGAUACUCUUCCGCGGCGGCGUACCUUCCGUUUGUUCCAAACAGCGUGCGCGCGCGUUCGCUUACGUCACGGUGCUCGGUGGGUUUUUUUUUUUUUUUUGUUGCGGUACCAAUACUUUUUCUUAUAACAUCCCGUCUGAUCGGUUUUUUUUUUCUGCUUUCAGCCCACCGGAUCCUGUGGAUCGUUCGCCAUCGUCCCGGUCGCUAAUUCUACGACGGACGCCCGAGGUAUUAAUCGUGACCCGCGACCGUCCGCCUUGAUUUUCGACGACAUCCGGCCCAAAAAGGUAUGUCGAGUCGAAAACCGCCUACUAAGUAUAAUCGACUGUCUGUCGGCAUCAUCCGACUACUAUUAAAGAUACCCGCCUAUUAACUCGUUAGUUAUUACAUUAUUAUCGCAGUGGUCUUAAGUUCACUUGCGUUCAGUUGGGUAGUUUUACCUACCUGAGUUUGCUGGUUUUACAAAAUAUUUUGAAUUGUUCGAAUUAUAAUUUAUUAUGCGGUUGGACGGUUUGGAGUGAAAGGUGACCCAGUUAACCUUGUGCUCGUUUUUCUAACGCACAUUCAAUGUACUUUUUCGUUCAAUAACACUGAGCCAAUAACUACUGUUGUGACAACAGUAUGUCUGUACCCAUUCAAUUUUCAAAUCUACAUUCUAGUUACAGUAUACUACCUAACCUAUUAUGAACAGUUACACGUGUGCCUUGGAACAAAUUGUUCCUAUAAAAAAUAUUAUAAUUAUUAGGCGCUUAUAAUAAAGAGGCGUAUUAUAAAACUUGAUUAAUUCAGUAAUAUAAUUAUUACAAUUGAAUUCUAAUUGAAAUAUAAAUUUUAAACUGAAGGUUAACUAAUUAUAAUAUACGUCAAUAUUUGGCAUUGAAUAAUUAAUUUAUUUUGUAUUAUGCAAUUCAUCAUUUAGCUAUACGUCAUGUCCAACACAACAUUUUAUUACCUAAGUGGUUUUUUUUUUCGUUUGUGUCUUAAUAGUUAUCAUUUAAUUUUCAUAAUAACUUUCCGUACUUAUUUUUUUUUUUUUGUAAUAUAAAACCUGCAUUUAUAACUAUUAAAAAAAAGAAAAUACAGAAACCUUGAAAUUUUUGAUAGCUGGCACCUAACCUGUUUAGUAUUAGAAAGUGAAUUCCUUCAUGACAAUAUCUCUGUAAUAAGAUAAAUUAUGUGUAGUUUUUAUACCAAUCUGUUUAAAAUAAAUAAGUUUAUUCUAGAUGAAUACAUACAUUUUGCUUUCUAUACUACUUUUUUUACUUUCUAUUGUAUAAUACCUUUAAUCUAUAGUUUGAAAAUCUCCUUUUUUUGUUUAAAUAACGACCAGCCUAUUAUAAUACAAUCGUUUUAACUCUACUAUUAUUAUGUGGAUUUUAUUUAAUUAGUCUUCUGUGAAAAUUAAUUAUUUGUAUUUGUUAUUUUUAAUUUAUAUAUAUAAUAUGUUAAUUUUUUAAUAUUUUUAUCUAGAUUUUUACCAUGCAGAUUAAAAAAAGCAGAAACUAAUUAUUAGGGAUAAAAUAAUUAGAUUCAUUAUUAUAAUUCACAACAUUUAUAAUCAAUAUCUAUGUUUUUUUUUUAAACCAGUGUUUAAAAUAGCUACAAUAAUUAAUACCAUUAUAAUCCACUGUAAUUAUUUUUCAAUCAUUACUGAUAGCGACUAAUUAAUAUACAUUUACUUGAUUUAAACACUGGUACUAAUUUAAUCCUAUCUAGGUAUUUAAACACAUAAAUGUAUGGGUUUGGACUUUGGUUUCACUUCAUUUUAAUAUUUUAUUACUUACUAGUAUUUCUGUUGUCACCUUUACUCACACAGGGUAUUUUUUUUCCAAGUUUUGUUUCUUAUAUUUAUUAGACAAGUAAAUAAAUUAAAACCAAUUUAGAUGUAAACAAUUUGUUUCCAAGUUUUAUUUUGAUCAUUUUUAUAAAACACAAUUAUAUUAUAAAAGCUAAGUCUAUUUAUAUUAAUUAUUGGAUUACAAAAAUAAGACAUUCUGUGUUUGAAUCAUAAUUACUCAUAUUUAAAGUGAGUGUUCCUUCAACAUCUUUAUCAUCUGGCACACCACCCCAAACUUCAUCAUCACUGAUCGCAUCAUGUAGGUGUUCUUUCAAGUUCGUUAAUUUUGAAUUUUAAAAACAAGAAAAAAAAAACUGAGAACGAAUUACUUGCAUGGAGUAAUUUAUUUACAAACGCUGACGCCGAUAACUUUUUGACAUUCUAGUAGGUGUAAAACCAAGAUAACCCAAAAUCGGUUAUAUUAUAUCUAUAAACAUAUUGUUUGAGGCUAUGGAAAUUUUUAAAUAUAUAUUUUCACGAAAUAUAUCAUAAAAUGAUAAAUUAAAAUAUGGUGGGGUCAUUAUUUACCCUGUGCAAGUGACGGCAGGUUAAGUACCAAAUAUUUUAAUGGGAAAAAAUUUGCAUCAACAUUUCGUAAAAAUUUCAAUUUAAUUUAUUUGGAAAAUGUGAGACACUACCUCUCUCAUUAGGGCAAGCAAUUUUUGCGAAUAUUCUUUUUGAUUUCAUUUUGAAUUCCAUGCAACAAAUUAUAUUAUGGGUGGAAUUAUUCUGUACUAAUGAGAAAGAUAAUAUAUUAUAUUAAGAUAACUCCUACUUAAGUAAUUGACAUUUACAUCUAAACUAUCUCAGAAUAGUAAUCAAUAGUAAUUUUAGAUUUGGAGUAUUGAGAGGGAUCUGUUGGUUUGACUAUGAUGUGUUUUUUUUCCUGUCUGUAAACAACAUUUCUACCAAGUCAUUAUAUCGUUUUUAUGUCGUUAUAAUUAUGAAAAAUAAAGAAAUACAGACAAGUGUAUGGCAUUAGGGUUUUUGUAGAGACCUGUAAUUUUCAUAAAAUACUUAUAUUGGCCUUUUAUAGAUUUGGUAAAAUGUAUUUGAUAGUUUUGUAAUUUUGUGUGUAUUUUUAUGUAGUAGGUAUCUGUUACUAAAUUUAUACGACUUUAGAGAAGUGCUUGGAAACUGAAAAAAAAGUACAUUAUAAGUUAUACUUAGUGGCAUAAAUAAAAAAAUUGAUUUUAAUACAAUAGAUUUUUUUUUCAUAAGCUUUUUAAGAUCAAAUUUAGAGGAAAAUCAUAAAAAUAAAUUUAAUGCAUUUCAAAAUAUGUCUUACCAAAUUUUUUUUUUAAUUAGUAAUAGUUUAUCAUUUUGUACAUAUGUAAAUUUAAUAAUUGUAUGUAUCUUAUCUUCCCAACUUUCCAUCUAAAACAGUGAUUGCACCCAUCUCCAGUAGCAGCUCAUUUAUUAAAUAUGUUUUAUUUUAUUUAGCUGCAUUAUGUCCUGCCCGUUCAUGUCCAAAUUGCCUACUACUUAUAUCAAGAACUAUGUUUCGGGCUUGCUCAAAACAUAUGGCCCUUCUUGUCCAGUUAUGUCUAGAUUUGUAAAUAUUGGACCAACUACAAGCAUGUCAAUUGAAGAUCCUGAUUUAAAGAAAAAAUGUCCAUUCCUAAAGGAUGAAAGUACAGCAAAUGUAGUUAAGGAAGUUAGCAAAGAAAUUCAAGAAGAUGUUAUUGAACCCAUAAAUAAUACAGGUGAUUCAUUAAAUAAUUCAAAUAAUAACUAAGUGGUACUUAAAAAAAAAAAAAAAAAAAAAUGUAUUUUAAUAAUAGUUCAUAGUUUAGUAUUUAUUAGUUUUAUUCAAUGCAUAUAAUUAUAACUAUUAAUCAACAUGUUAAUAUUAAUUUGAUUAUACCAAUAUAUACUGUGAUGGAAAAUCAUAAUUACCAAUAUAAUUUAUUACAAUUACUACAAAUAUAAUAUAAGAGAAUUUAUUUGUUUUCAGAACAUAAAUUCAACUAUGAAAACUUUUUCCAUGAACAAAUCAUGCGUAAAAAGAUAGAUCAUUCUUACAGGAUUUUCAAGAAAGUAAAUAGGUUGGCUACAGAUUUUCCUUAUGCUUUGGAAUAUACAGGAAAUGAAAAACCUGUUACGGUUUGGUGCUCUAAUGAUUAUCUUGGUAUGUCUUGUCAUCCAAAAGUAAAGGGUGCUGUUCAGUGAGUAUACAUUAAUCUAAUAAUAAUCACCAGUCAGUUAAUGUGAAUUAUUCUACUAGGCAAACUUUAGAGAAAUAUGGAUCUGGUGCUGGAGGAACACGCAAUAUAUCUGGAAAUUCCAUGUUUCAUGAAAACUUGGAAAAAGAUUUAGCUUUACAACACAAAAAAGAAUCUGCUUUAUUGUUUACAUCAUGUUUUGUUGCAAAUGACUCUACAUUGUUCACUUUAGGGAAAAUGUUACCAGGUAUCAAAUGAACUAAAUAAUUUUAUUAUUUUUCAUUUAAAACAUUGUAUAAAAUUUGUGUUUUGAUAAAUACUGUUAGGUGUUCAUAUAUUUUCGGAUUCUGGUAAUCAUGCAUCAAUGAUACAAGGUAUUCGUAAUUGUGGAGCUCCCAAACACAUAUUUCGCCACAAUGAUCCAGAACAUUUGGAAGAACUUUUAAAGUCUGUUGAUCCAGCUGUCCCAAAAAUAGUUGCAUUUGAAACAGUUCACUCUAUGACUGGAGCAAUAUGUCCUCUUGAAGAGCUCUGUGAGGUCAUUAACAAUACUUUUUUUUAUUUAAACUAUUGUUAAUAUUAAUGUUAAAUUGUAUGAUAAUAUUAACUAGGUAUCCCAUAAGUAUGGUGCAUUAACUUUUGUGGAUGAGGUUCAUGCUGUUGGUUUAUAUGGUGAUCACGGUGCUGGUGUUGGCGAAUUACGUAGUCUUAUGCAUAAAAUGGAUAUUAUAUCAGGAACAUUGGGUUAGUAUGUAUAAAACGAGGGCGUACCCAAAAGAAACCAAACUGAUGUUGUGUGGGACAGAGUUUUAGUAGUACCUCAUUUUUUUCCGGGCGUUUAAAUAUACUUCUGAACAUUCAAUAUGCCAACGGCCAUCAUCGUGGAAGGUUGUGUUAUGUUGGUUUGAUAUUUUUUUUAAAAGUUAUUUUUCAUACUCGUCGUUUUUGUAAUCACUGAUUUGCGUGAACAGUGCGCCGCUGUCAAGUUUUGCUUCCUGCUCGGGAAAACAGGCACAGAAACCCUUGAGAUGUUGAAUGCUUACAAAGGUGAUGCUUUAGGGAAAACUCAAUUAUUUGAGUGGUUUUCCCGUUUCAAAAGUGGUGAAAUGUCGAUAGACGACCAAGUUCGCUCUGGACGUUUUGACCCUUCGACGGAAAAGUAGUGGAGAGAUCUGGUGUGACAUGGAGUUCAGUACAGAGAAUUUUAAGUGAAGAUUUGGGGAUGAGACGGGUGGCUGCAAAAUUUGUUCCUCGACUGCUAACUGAGCAGCAAAAACAAGGCCGCAUGGAAUCAUGCUCUUCUUUGAAAGAAGAAUUCCAAAAUGACCCAAACUUCUUUUCCAUGGUGCUAUGGAUAUGAUCCUGAAACCAAGCAACAAUCGAGCCAAUGGAAGACUCCAGCAUCGCCUCGCCCUAAAAAAGCUCAUCAAGUGAGGUCAAACAUUAAGACAAUGCUCAUUUGUUUUUUUGAUUUGAGAGGAGUUGUCUAUUCGGAGUUUGUUCUACCUGGUCAGACAGUUAACCAGGCAUUUUACCUAAAGGUGUUAAAAAGAUUACGCAACAGUUUGAGGCGAAAAAGACCUGAUUUGUGGCAGUCAGGAGACUGGUUUUUUCAUCACGACAAUACUCCUGCUCACACAGCCCUUUCUGUACGGCGGUUUUUGACCAAAAAUGAUAUGACCACUGUGUCCCAUCCACCCUAUUCACCCGACCUGUCACCCUGCGACUUCUUUUUAUUCCCCAGAAUGAAAAGGAACAUGAAAGGAAAGUGUUUCGCGGACAUUGAUGAAAUUAAAAAAAAAAAACACGGAGGCGUUGGUAUGCAUCACAAAAGAUGAGUUUAAAAAGUGCUUCGAAAAUUGGAACAAAAGAUUGAACAAGUGCAUUAACUCCAACAGAGAGUACUUUGAAGGAGAUUAAAUGUUUUUUUGUAAAAAAAUUAAAUAAAUAACUUUGUACAAAAAUAAAAAUAGUUCGGUUUUUUUGGGUACGCCCUCGUACAAUAUAUUAAAUAAAGUAUUAAUUUGCUAAUUUGAAACAAAAGCACCGUAUACUUGCAUUACAUUUGAAUUUUGUUUUUAUGAAAUUUAAUUUUGUAGACGCAUAAACCUUUUUAAUUUUAAGACAGUCAUAAUGGAACAAUUUUUUUAUAUAUAUUUUAAUGGUUGAACUGACUUCCUAAAUAAAAAAAAAAAAGGUCACUUCCUUAUUUUGAAGAAUAAUAAUAAAAUGUAUUGAUGAUAACGAUUUUAUUUAUUUUUCUGUGUACAGGGAUACAUUUAAAAUUUAAUUUUAUUAGGUUUUAAAACUGACAUUUCGAAGGUGGCCACUGUCCUUGUUAAUGCACUGAGAUAACCGAAAUCUGAAAUUAUUCUCCACUUUUUUCAGCAUAUCUGUGCCUAUGUCGAGAAUAGCAGCACGAAUAUUGUUUUUCAAAUGAUUAAGGGUCUUUGGAAGAUCCCCGCAAACUAAAGAUUUAAGGUAGCCCCACAGAAAAAAGUUACAUGGGGCCAAAUCAAGUGAAUGCGCUGGCCACUGAAGAUCACCUCUAAGAGAGAUGAGUCAUAUCGAGAUGGGCAGUGUUCUCGCAAGAAUUUCAUUGAUGUUCUUGCCGUGUGAGCAGUGGCGCUAUCUUGUUGAAACCACAUUUCCCCUACAUCCAUUUCUCUUCGAGUUUGGGUAGAAAAACUCCUGAAUCAUCCUGAAAUAACAUUUAGAAUUGACCAUAACUGCACUUUGUUUCUCUUCAAAAAACCAUAGAUCAAUGAUGCUGAUUCUGGAUAUUGCACACCAAUCACAUAAUCUGUAUGCAGGGGUUGAUUAUGAAGUUCUCUCUGAUUUGUGGGACUCCAAUAUCGUAUGUUUUGUUUAUUCACACGUCUUGAUAAAUGAAAAUGUGCCUUGUCACUAAAGAAAAUAAUGGCGUCUUCAUUCGGGUAUUCGAGGAAGACUUUGUAUGCAUUUUUUCGCGCAACAUAAUCACAUGGAUUAUGUUGUUGCACCAUUGCCAAUUUGUAUGGAUGAAAAUUAAGUUCUUCACAAAGAAUUGGUCUUACUGUGGAGUUAGAAAUUUCUAAAGCAGCAGAAUGUUUGCGUACAGGUUGCCUAGGAGAUUUCAAAAGUGCAGCCCUUACCCUGUUGAUAUUUUCAGGUGUCCUGAUGGUCACAAAACUGAAAGAAAAGUAGGCCUCGACAGUGAAUGCGCUCCUCUGUCCACUGCAUGGUUGACAAUAAACUAACCUUUAGAAAAAAUUAAGAUUGCUUUUGAACAACUAAAGGACCGCGCUCUAGACUUAAAAUUCUCUUGUGGCGCCAGUUUCAAAAAAGGAAGUGACUCUGAAUCACUAUAUUUAUUAAUUAGUACUUCAUAUACAAGUUUAUAACAAAAAACUUCCAAAUUAUUUUUUUUUUCUAAACCCAGAUGGGCAAAAUCCUUCUCAUAGUUUUUUCAAUGUGACGGGAUAUUAUUUAGGAAAUAAAAGUCAAAGUCAACCAAUAAUUUAUAUAGUUUUUACUUGGAUAUUUUUAUGAAUUGUAUAAUUGAUUUCUUAUAACAAUUAUAUUUUACUGUAUAUAUAAUUAUUUUAUUACUAUAUUAAUUGAUAGUAGAUUAAAUCUAAUAAAUAAUAAAUAUGAAAUUAUAUAAAUUUUAUAUGUAUAUAAUUUUUUUUUGUCAGGUAAAGCUUAUGGCAAUGUGGGAGGAUAUAUUGCAGGCUCAAGCAAUUUAAUUGAUAUGGUCCGUAGUUAUGCAGCUGGUUUUAUCUUUACCACAUCUUUGCCACCUAUGGUUUUAGCUGGAGCUCAAGCAGCUGUUGGUGUACUUGCUUCAGCAGAAGGUAGAUUACUAAGAAAGAAACACCAAGAAAAUGUUCAGUAUCUUCGGCAAAAAUUGUUUGCUGCCGAUUUACCAGUUGAGUCUACUCCAUCUCAUAUCAUACCUAUCAAGGUUAGUAGUAGUAUGACUAAAUAAGUACUGGUUAUUCAAUUUAAAAUUCUAUAUUUUUUUUUUUUGUUCAGAUUGGCGAUCCAAAUUUAUGUUCAAAAAUAUCUGACUUAUUACUUCAAGAAAAAGGUCAUUAUGUACAAGCCAUUAAUUAUCCCACUGUACCAAUUGGUGAAGAAAAAUUGAGAUUAGCUCCAACACCACACCACACUGCAGAAAUGGUUGAUAUACUUGUUGCGGACAUGCUUGAUGUGUGGGUAAAACUUGGCAUUCCUAUCAAUUCGGUAAUAAUAAUCUUCUAUUAAUUUUAUAGGUUUAAUGCAUUGACUGCUAUAUGAUUUCUAGUUCAUACUAAAUUUACCAAAAUUAUUAAUCACUAUUAACUUAUCGGAAUUUAUAAGUACAUUUAAAUGUAUAAAUAAAAAACUUAAUCACUGGCUAGAUCUUAUCUUCCAGUAUUCUAGUCACACUCCUAGCUAUGUUAGAACUUAUCCCAGAUUCUCUCAGUAUUAAACAUAUUUUCCAACAUAAAUAUUAACAUAAAAAAGUAUGGAAUAUCUCAUAAAAAUAUCCAUGGUGUGGUGUAAAAACUAUACAAUUUAAUUGACAAAGGUACAUUGCAGUCAAUGAGUUGAACAUACAAAUUUAUACAAUGGCGUUAAUAUUUUAUUUUUUAUGGAUUUUAUUAUGAUUGUCACUUUUGUAUUUUUAGACUCGUUGUACUAUAUGCAAAAGAAAACCUCAGUGUAUCAGAACCAACAAUCACAUACAAAACAACUGUAGAAUUACCAUUGAGUCUUGUCUGGUUCCAAAUUGUUACCAGUUUAUUAAUGCAUCAGCUUAAAAUAAUUAUUUGGGUUUUAUUAAAAAUAAAAAUUUUUUUUUUUUUUUAAUUAGUAAAGUUUUAAUCAUUUAUUUUAGUAGUUGGUAUUGCCUAAGCAAAUCAUUACAUUCAAUUAAAUAAUUCACUUAGUUAAACCUAAGGAAAUUUUAAGGACUUUUAUAUAUAUAUAUAUACAAAAAACCAGGCUUAUAAUAUGUAAAAUAAAAGGGUCAGAAUAAAACUUAACUUAUAACUAGGGUUAGGGACUUCUAGCAUUUACAUAUUA